UUAUCAACGAAACCACGACUCUUCGAAAGAAUCAUCCGCAACAAUAUAUCCCUCGGACUCGGCAAUUCUGAGUGCACCGAGAUCAAUCUGAUUCAAGCGUGCGAGGCCGCAGAUAUUCACGAUCCUAUUACCUGUCUCCGGAUAGAUAGUCGACCUAUCGGGCAUCAAUGCUCAAUCAUUCCUGGGUGA